CUAUUUUGCUUGCGAAAUCAAUCAUACACAGCUUCAUUACAUUACUCGAAAGUUUCCAAAUUAGGGCGAUUUAUAGAUUGUAAGGCGAUUUAUGUUUAGACUUGGUACAACUUAGUGAGAUAAUCUACCAAAGUUUCGAAUGCAAAAUGACAUCCUGGAUUUUGGCUCUCCUCUUCCUCACUUGUGUACCAAAGAGCAUGGCACAGGGCGGAAGCAAAGAACCUGGUGUGGCUGUUACCUGCGGUGCUCAUCAGAUGGAAAUCACAUUUGAGAAGAGAAUAUUCUCUGCACUAGACGCGGGGAAUAUGUCCUUGGAUGCCCCUGCGUGUUCAGCCUCUGACAGCCUACAGUUCAUUUCCAUUAGCACUGCCCUAAAUGGAUGCGGAACAAAACUCCAAGAAACUGAAGACACUAUUGUGUUCUCCAAUGUUGUUCAUCAAGAUGCCGAGUUAGUGGACGGCCAGAUUACUCGUGAACAUGACUUUGAAUUCCCGUUUAAUUGCAGCUAUUCCAAAACGAAGUUUCUCAGCCUAAACUUUGUCCCCGAGGGAAGGGUUGAUGUACCCGGUGUAGGGGAAUCUGGUGACUUCAACUUCACAUUUGAUGUCUUCGCAAGCUCUUCUUAUUUAACGCCCUACUCCGCUUUCCCUGUCGAGGUGACGCUCAAUGAGUAUAUCUACCUAGAGUACAAGGUGGAGUCCAGUGCUGACCUGGGGGUGAUGGCUCUUAGCUGUUUGGCUACAAAAACUCCAGAUUAUUAUUCGUGGCCGCAAUAUCACAUUAUAAAAGAUGGGUGUGCAAUGGACACGACUCUAAGUCACGACUACGACCCAAGCAGAAAUAGGCAAACAUUUAAACUGAGAGCAUUCAGGUUCUUUAAUGAAUAUGAGUCAUUUUAUAUCCACUGCGAGCUGUUAGCCUGUCUUAAAGGGUCUAACUCUUCCAGGUGCCAACAGGGAUGCGUACCGCCAGCUACUAGGAAGAAACGUGAACUGGAAGAGGACACAACCAGUCCGUACAUCAUCAAAAGAGGGCCAAUCAAAAUUGUCCAAGAGAAAAGCCAAAACGAAGAAGGAGACAAAGGAAAGCAGUCAGCAGCUGUAAUAGGAGGUGCAACUGCCGCUGGUGGAGUUGGUCUGGUUGCAGUCAUAGGUUUAGCUGUUGUUUUCGUCAAAUAUCGCAUUCUACGGCUCAUGAAGAACAAGAACAAGGUCAGAGACAUGUACACCGGCACCACCCAGGAUCAGCAAAUGAAUAGUGGAAAUGCCCACAUCCAAGACGGUGAAACGGUGGAAGCGAAUGCUGAGAGUGAAAACGCUUAGUUUAAAACGUGGACACUUAAGUUAAAAGCCCAUAAAAUAUUUCUGACCGUAAAUCAUUUCCAAGUUUGACUUGUGACAACACUAACAAUAAUUAAGGUUAAGUAUGCAGGUUCGUUCUUUUUGUCGGCUUUACCUAAGUAAGUAAUGAAAUGGCUGUCAUCGAAUUAUAUUGACGUUGUUUCCCAAGGGCAUUUGUAAACGUUCAGCAUUUAUUCGAGACCAGAUUGUUUUAGCAACCAACUUUUAUCUUGAAUCAACAACACAAAGGAAACGAAUUAUCUUGAAGAAUUUUGUUUGUCACGACAAAUCAGCUGUGUCCAUUCUCAGACUCUCUUUCGAGUACUUUACAACUAGCUUAACCGAUCACUUAACCUGUGGACCUUCCAGCAUAUGUGACAAUAACAUUGUCAGUCUACAAUGAGAUCGAAAAGACCCCACUGGGAAAUCUGUCUCAAUGCAACUAUUGAAGCGAGCUCACACCCCAGGGCUGUAACCGAACUAAGGGAAAUACCUUUGAUGUUUUCAAUGGAAAGACUGAUUCUCGUAAACUAACCAAGAAAGCAUUCAAUGUCGUUGACGAUACUCUUCAUUUUUGUAUUCAAGUUUAAUUGCUGAUGUAUGAACGAUAUUUGUGAAGAUAGACAGUCAAAAAUGCAUUAAAGGAAGAUUAAAGUCACUUUGCUGAAUAGGGUCGAAAUUUUUGGUCAUGUUUGUUAGUCGGGGUAUUUAUUCCUUUGAUUAUUUUAUCAUAACAGACAAGUUGCCUGUUUCAUAAUACCUGUCACACCAUAUGAGUUUAUCUUUAGUCUUUACCUUUUUAAAAGUGGGGUCUUAAAAUAGCACAAUAGAGUAGUGCUAAGUAGAACUAACAACAGAAGUAUUAAGCGUGGAGGUGACUUACACCUAGUACGUAGUUUCAUUAUUUUUCUGGAUCGAGCUCUUGAAACGGAAGAGCAGUUUGAUAACCUUGAGACAACUGCUUGUUGCUAGGGAGCCUUCUUUCUUUGAUUUUUCCCCUCUGCAAUGCCUAUCUCUAGCUAAAUUGUUAGACAUGGCUUCAUAAAAAUAUAUAAUCACAGCAGGCGCUUGUCCGCAAAUAGAUAUAUUGUCUUGCGGUAUAUGCCAGGUGCAGUUAGUUUUUCUUAUUCCAAAAAUUUGAAUUGUGAGCGAACUAAUUAAAUAUAGGUAUUAUAGGACCUAACGACUUUGGAAUACGACAGUCACAAAACCUUUAAGAUGUGCUUUCUGUGGCUAAUUAUAAAUUUUCGAACUGAGGCAACACUAGGCAUGUAAUUAAUACCCACGUCAAAAAAACAGAAGUGAUUGCUGUUCGUGUGCACCAUAGUACCUUUAUUGCAUUCUCUUAGAUUGUAAAAUAUAUGAUACAAUCAAAAGCUUUCUUCACACUCAUGCGUGAGGCUGCGUGUGCCCGUCUAUCGUGUCUUGCUAAGGUUGAAAUUGUCAACUUAGUGGUCAUAUUAUAGAAUUUUUAUCCACUGAGUUUGGUCGGGCCUUCCUAAAGGUAGGUUCUUUUCUAAAAGCAACUCUUUAGAAUCAAGUAGUGCUAAGUAGAACGAACCAAAGCAGUAUUAGGUGUGGAGUGUCUGAUGGUUUAGACUUACACAUAGUAGUUUCAUCAAUUUUCUCAAUCGAACUCUGCAUAGCUAAAGAGCUUUCUUGCCGUGAUUUUUCCCUCGUACUGCAACGCUUCAGUUAAAGCGUUGGACAUGAUUUGAUAAAAAUGUUUAAUCACAUCUGGCGCUCGUCUCAUGUAGAUAUAUUGUCUCGCAGUAUACGCCAGGUGCAGUUAGUUUUCCAUAUUCCAAGAGUUGAAUUUGUAGCU